CUCUCUCUAUAUGAUCAUCCUGAACCCAAUACAUAGCUGUUUAUUUAAAUACCUCUGCCUUCAGCUCUAAUGAUAUCCCCUUAAAUAUAACCAAGAUAGAAUAAUUCAUUUACUGUUAGGUUGCCCUGGGUAGAAAGAUGGAGAAGUCUUCAUUCAUGUAAGAAAUGGCACACUGCAGAAAUUUUAUGAGGUGUGUACUUGCACAUCAGAAAUGGACUUGAAUGAACCAUAUGGGGCUUGCACUGGCUUUGUGCCAUGCAUUAUUAAGCUUCAAAUUUAACCACAUCUUCUGCUUAGACGUCUAGAAUUAAGCUAGAAGUUUUGGCUGUGAUACAAGCAGUGAUGAAAAACACAUGAGUAGUAACAAGUUUUCUUAACAUCAUUCUUCAGUGCUCAGAUAGACUAAUCUACAGAAGCAGUUUAUUCAAGUAUCACCCAGAGUGCCAGAAGGAACGGGAACUUUAAAGCGAUUUUUUUUAAACCCUUUUAUUAUUUAUUGUUCAUUUUACAGGCUUGAAUCUGAGUUCUAUAUAGUAAGGAACUUGAUAUAAACUUCUCAGGUGGAUUUUUAUCUUUAGAAGAAUUUGACAAACCAGAAAGGUAUGUUUUAGUUUUGGGUUGUUGUUUUUUUUUAAAAAAAAACUUUUCUCAUUGUAACUUAACAAUGUGCUUUUAUCAUUACUAAUGUAAGCUAAUUGACUACUGUUCAGUAUUUUAAAGGAUAUAUUAGAUGAUUGCACACUGUAGUAGAAAUGCUUUUAUAUUGUGAACUGUAUGAAGAAAGGAAAACAGGAAACCUGUACCUUUUGAACUGGUCUACCAUAGCACAGUUAUAUUUAUCUAGGAGAGAAAAAAUAGCAUCCUAUAUAGUUUUAUAGACAUUUAAUGAUAUUUUUUAAAUUUAGCAAUGUUUCCAGGCAUUCAGAAUCUGAUAUUUACCAAAAAAGCAAAACAAACUGGAAGAAACUCACUGCCAAAUAAUUGUUUACAAAAACAUGGAAGCAGUAUAAAGUGCCUCUUCUUUGAUGUUUUGAACAGAUGAACAUAGUUAAUUCCCCUCCAAGACAUAGCAAGUCUCUGCAUUUAAAAAAUGUUUGACUUCCAAUAUUAUACAGUAAACAUUUCUGCAAUGUUUCACCUUUAUGCUGUAGAUAUUAUAAACACAAAAGAGCUUUAAAUGAAUCAAUUUAUCUGGGAGAAUGUAUGAAAGGUUAGUAGAUGCUAAGUUUAUAACUAACUCACUGCUCAGGAUUCCUCUUUUCCUUCCAUGGUUUCUGUUUUUGUGCAGAGCAAUGACUGGGGGUUACUAGCAAACACAAGAAUUUCCCAUGGCUCUUCACAAAAAAACAACAACAUUUUCUUGCUACUGAUUUACAUUAUUUAGAGACAAGGUUGUGUGAGCACCCUGCUCUAGACAAUGGAAAUUUUUAGCACUUUUAAAAUCUGCCUUUUAACCAUUUAGAAUACACUCCAGUGUCAGCUCUGUCAUGAAAACAAGUACCAAAUAUUAUAAUAUUAUGCAACUGGCAUUUUGCCACUAGACAACUAAAUGGUGUUCACUGUAGGUUUGCAUACAAUAAUUGUUUUUACACUCUGUUCUAUAAUUGGUUAUUUUAAUAUAAUUGAGAUGCUUUCCAUCCUAGUACUUUUUAUUAUUUUGACUGUACCUUAAAUUUUGCAUAAUUGCACAUGAGUUACCUACUAAUAUCCUGACAGACAGCAUUUAAAAAAUACUAUAUAAGGAAGAGCACUGACUGCUGCACCAAGUAUUAAUGUGGAAAAAGCACCUGUGUUCUAAUCCUAAUCUAUUGAGUAAUUUUAUUUAUAAAUAUUAAUACUUGGUGUGGCACCCUACCAUUUAUGCAGAAAGAAAUAUAUCAGAAAGUUUAGGGUAUUGACUUGAUAGUAAGGCUGCUAUCUUGUGAAAGUCACUUAGGCUGCAAUCCUAUCAGUACUUGCCUACAAGCAAGUUCCACAUCUACUUCUUAGCAUAGAAUCGUGCUCUCUGUUUCUCAGAUUUUCCACAUAUAAAAGUUAAUUUGUCUUGAUAAAGGGGCCAUUGUGGUUUUUCUUUGUACAUGUAAACCUGUAGCUUUAGUUUUUAACUGUAUACAUACAUUGUUAAAGCAAGAGCAAAUCAAGAGUAUUAUUUGGCAAAAGUCAGACAGAAAACAUAUUCCGACUACUUUUUAUGUUCCAUAUAUACUUGAAGUACAUAUCCCCAAUGUCUCAAAUCAAUCUAACUCAACUUUCUGAUGUAAAGUUAAUUAUUGAAGUUACAACAUACUUCUGGCCAAAUUGGCAGCAUGAAACAAUGUUUCCCUACCUUCUCUAAAAUAAUGAUUUCCUGUGCCAAAAUAAAAUACUUAGGAAGUUUUUCCCAUAAGACCAGGGGCUUAGUUAGGACUUUUCCUACUGUUAAGACAGUAUGUCAACAGCACAGUUUAACAGCAUGCAAAAGCUCUGAGGUCAGUGUAUUUUUUCCUAUUACAGAUGUUGAGAAAGUAGUUAGGUUUCAGUGUUAUUUCAUUUACCAAUCACUUGGUUCAAAGGAAUGCCAUUUUUUUUGCAUUUCCACCAGCCAUUCAGGAUUGGUGUUUGGAGUUUGUCAUACUGUUAGGGUCAGAAUACAUAUUAUAAUUCACAUUUAGCUUUUAGACCAUAAUACAUUUUUAUAUAUUUUAAGUAUAUACCUAAAAAGGUAAAUGCUGAUUUACUCAUUGGGAAUUGUGUCUGGCUGUAGUUUCUUGUUGAGUGUGCACUCAGUGGCAGAGCUGAGUUUGCAUCUUCAUUAUAUGUGAAAUUACUCUAAGUGAAAUGGGAAGAAAUUAUUGCCUUGAGGAGAAAACUGAACAAUAGUAACAGAGGCCACAGAGUUUUAUUAGCAAGGUAGGAGAGAUUUCCUUAAUUUCAUGUAUGGACAGAAGUUUCCUUCACACAGCAUACAUAUGGAGGGAACUCCAUAUAAUAAUAAAGUAGCAGUGCUGCUGUCCCUGCCCCCAGCAUCAGGCGCUGAAUGUUUUCUGGUUAAAACUUUGUGUAUCCUCAAGUAUGGGGACCUUUUCAGACAAUCUGGCCACAGCAAUGAAAGCACAUAGUCUGUUUAUUUAAUUGCUUGCGCUUCUUAUCUGUGCAACUAUGAACGAAACAGUAAGAAGAAAGUCAUACAGGCCAACAGAUUUGUUUUAAACAUUAUUGAAAGCUGCUCUGUUUUGCUGUGAGGGUGCCUAAGUAUAUAGAAUGGAACAGAAUAGUUCCUUCAGAGAGGGAGGGAUGAGAAAUGUAUCCACGGAUUCAUUAUAAAAAUCACUUAAUAAAGUUGUAUCCAACUAAAUAAACUUUGGGAAUGAAGGCUAGGUUGCAAUUAAUGUGCCAGCCUUUAAAAAGCCACAAUAUUCUUUGUUGCUAUGCUAUGCAUAUGGAAUAAUAAGAGUGUCAUUUCCUUGAAUGAGUUAAUUCCAAAAUUCCAAAGAAUGAGAGUGUAAUUGUGUACACACCCUCAGAGGGGCAAGUGGAAGCAGUUCAUGGAGAAGUAUGAGAGUUUCGGUAGUUCAUAAAGUUCCCUUCCCUUGUUGAUUUCACUUCACUGAUUCAGCAAGAGCCCUGGACUUCUUAAGACAAUUUAAUACAAUACUGCCAAGUAACAAUACACUAGUUUUAAUCUUCAUGCACUAUAUAACGGCUGCAAAUCUCAAAUAAUUCUACACCUCACAGUGUCAUAUUGGCCUUGUUCUCAUGUAAUAUUAAGACAAACUAUGGCACACAAGUAUGAGCAACCCAGGGUUAAAAAUGCAGCUGUGUUGCUCCUGCCACAGUCAUGCUGGUGCUGUGCUAUCUGGAGCUAAGUCAUGGCUACCCUGAGGUAAGCCAUAACGCAGCUCACAAUUUGCCUACCACAAACAAGCCAUAAGCAAUAAAUAAGAACAAACAUUGGUUGUAGCAAGACAAGCCACAAACCUGGGUUUGUCUGUAAUGUAUAGCCCUAGAUAGAAUGAUAGCUGCAGGACCAGGGAGGAGCAAAGUGGCUUCAGUUUUUGUUCUGGAUAACUGAACACUUGUUUGUUCUUGCUAAACCAAAGUUUGGCAAGUUGGUACAUUGGAUAUUAAGGUGCAAAUAAUGCAACACAAUACAGUCAAUACCCCCUGUCCAAGGAGUUGUUCCUGAGAACUAGGAAUGAAAUCUGAGCCACUUUAUGUACACAUUGGCUGAAACUCUCUAAAGCCAUUAGGGCAAACUCAAAGUCUUUGUAGUAUUUCUUUUCAAACCCAGGCUAUGAGGCCAUGAGUUCAUCAAAGCAUCUAAAUGGGCCCCAUUAAAGAAAACUUACAUCCUGGGGAAAUUCAUUUUUAUGGGCUGCAACAGGGAAACACUUCAUAUUGGAAGUACAAACUUCUAAGAAGAAGUUCCAGACAACAGCAUACAAAGAAAGGAAAUGCAUAAACAAAUUACAAACUAGCUUGUAUUUUUUACUAGGAGUGUGUUCUCUGAAGAUAUGAGAGAAUAUGUGCUUCUCCUCCUCUUGGCUUUGUGCUCUGCUAAGCCUUUUAUAAGCCCUUCAUACUUCACCUUCAAGAACAUGAUGCUCAUGGAUAUGGAAGACCUUGAUGACGACGACGAUGAUGACGACAAAGAUGACGAUGACAAAGAUGAUGACAAUUCUCUUUUUCCAACUAGGGCACCCAUAAUACCCUUUGAUUUAUUUCCUGUAUGUCCCUUUGGAUGUCAAUGCUACUUGAGAGUUGUACACUGUUCAGAUUUGGGUAAGAAUAAAUCUGUACUUUAUUUUCAUUGGAUCUAUGUUGUUUAUUUGUAAUACCCACACACUUUUUUGAAAUGGCACAAUCUGGAGGUGGUAAUAGUUUUUUCUCUAGAGCCUAUGAACUCUAAGAGUAUUUCCCAGAAAUAGAGUUCAAUAAAAGUCUAUUCAGUAAAUUAAUAUGUUAACCAGAAUUAUUUCAACAGCUGCCAUCACCAAGGUAUUAGGGUUAUUUGGACACCUCAAAAAUAAACACAAGCCUAGGGAAAGAACUGCUUUGCUAUCUGUUACUUUCUUGUGUAUCUCUAGCAUAGCUUUAGAUUAAUCUUAUGCCUAAUUAGAUAUAAAGUCAUUUUAAAAAAGCAUAACCAUGCCACCAGAGCAGUCUUUUUGUAAGAGUUCAGUAGAAUCUCAUCUGUUCAAUUUAUCGGAUGCUACCUUGCCCAUGUUGAACUCUCUGAUAAACUGAAACCUGAUUCCAGGUUUCUAAAUAUAGCUUCAUCUGUUACUCAAACAAAGGAGAAGGGGGCACAAUCAGCAUUAGAUUUUAUUGAUAGUUGGUAGGGGUGAUAGCCAACCAAUUCAUAUUUAGAGUAGACCCAGCAAUAUCAAUGGGUCUACUAUGAGUAACAUUGGCUAUACCCAAAAGUUGGAAUUAAUGGUUACAAAACAUUUUAAAUUAUUGCAAAACUGAAACAAACAUUUCAGCAUAAUACAAACAAAUGGAGAUUAAAGGGUCUUUUGUCUGUAGAUGAAUAUUUAUUUUUUAUUUCUAAUUAAUAGGUUUGACCUCAAUACCAAAGAAUAUUCCCUUUGAUACUCGCAUGAUAGACCUUCAAAAUAACAAAAUAAAAGAGGUCAAGGAGAAUGAUCUUAAAGGACUCACAUCACUACAUGUAAGUCUGCUUUCUAGCAUUCCUAGUAUUUGUCUCUAUCAAGGACUAUGGCAAUCUAUCUUAUGUCAAGUUGAUGUUUUCUACCCUGACAGCCAUUAACAUAAAAUGUAUGGAAAGCAAAGUGAGAAAAGAUCAAUAACACUUAUGGAAAAAGUCAGUUACAGUGGUACCUCUGGCUAAGAACUUAAUUCGUUCUGGAGGUCCAUUCUUAACCUGAAACUGUUCUUAACCUGAAGCACCACUUUAGCUAAUGGGGCCUCCUGCUGCUGCUGCGCCGCCGCCACGCAAUUUCUGUUCUCAUCCUGAAGCAAAGUGCUAUUUCUGGGUUAGUAGGUACAGUACUAUUUCUGGGUUAGCAGAGUCUGUAACCUGAAGCGUAUGUAACCUGAAACGUCUGUAACCCGAGGUACCACUGUAUUUGUUAUCUAAAGCACAGAAAAAACCACUUUCCAUACACAAAGUUGAUCAAUAUUCCUGGUUUAUUGUUUACCUAAACUACAGACAACCUUCAGUUCACCAUUAACUGACAGAUCUUGGGCUGAAUUCACCCCUAAUGAGUCCUGCCGUAGAAGCCUGUGCAAGAACUUUCACUAGUGCAAUGGGGCUUAUGCUCUCUUCUCCCACUAUGUGCCCCUUAAAUUGGCUCAGGGUAUGUGUGUGUAUGUCAGGAGAACUCCCAGAAUAAAGGGGAAGGAGAGAGGGGAUCGUUCUGCCUGGCAAGCUGAAAUUGUUGCACUGACGGAAAGACUGCUGUAGCUCAUGUUGAAUUCCUCCCCUUAUGUCAGAGUGCAGAUGUCUUCAUAUGCCGAAGUAAAGAAAAUCUCAUACAUUUUUUGUAUAAACUUUCCCGCGUCUUGGAUUCCGGCUGAAUGGCCAGUUGAACGCCUAACUAACAGAAAGUUCUUGGCCAUAUAAGAAAUACAUUUUGUUUAGCCUAGCACUUGAAUUAUAAAUAAAUUGAGUACAGUCUUUUAAGACAAAUAAACAUUUCAUAGCUUAAUGUAAAAUCCUGUUGUUUACUGACAACCAGUAGCAAAAUAUUGUGCCUAGCCAACAUACAGCCUUCUGUUUAAAUCAAACUAGCACACAUGUUUUUUGAAAUCUCACUGAAUAGGACUGGGAAACUUUUUCCAGCCUAAGGGCUAUAUUCCUUAUUGAGCAAAUGCUAGACACAUGUCAGCGAUGGACAUGUUUUACAAAGCCCUCUUGCAAUUGUGAUUAUUGUUUCAAAUGUCUAAGAUUGGUACUGGAAUCAGGAAACUAAAUGGGGGAAAAACACAUUUUUAGGGUGGCAAUUCUGCCAGACCAAGAGAGGUCUGUCCCUAAGCACAGAUUUCAGCAUUCAAUUCUCUAGGAAAAGGGUCAAAGUUCCUCUUCCUCAGCUGCCUCAAGUUCUUGGGAAUAGGCAUGCCAAGGUACCUUAGGUCACCUGACUGAAGUUUCAGCCACGUGAUGUUCUAAAGUCUUACCUGAUGCUCAAGGGGGAGAGCAUACACAAAGUUCUGAUUCAGGUUAGUUAAUGUCCAGUUCUGCUGGAAUUUACUUAGAAGUUGUGAUUUUUCUAUCACCACUGCAAAAAAGGAAGGGGGACAGUAGACACCAUCUUUGGUCCCCCUGCUUUGAAUGAGACUAAGCCAUUCACGCAAACUUGCGUUUGAGAGGGAGAGUAACACUGGGAGUAGAGCAAGGACAUGAUGUGCAUGAAGUUUGAUAUAGAAUUUGCUUUGGUGGCAAAUGAAUUGCCAUUCCACCCUGUCAAAAAAUUUAUAAACACCAAGUGACAACAGAGCUACAUGGCAUUUAAUGCUACCAUUGUGGUGUAUAGCAUUCAGUGUUCUAAUUACAGGAUCUGCCAGCUAAUUGGUAAGAGCUGCACAGUGAGAUAGACACUGUGGUGUCAUAGUUCAGGAGGGCUGUUGGGUGGUACAGAUCCAGAGACACUGGAUCCUUUCCCAUUUUAAGUACCACAAUCAAUAUGGACCAUAACCAGGAUUCUGGGAAAGCACUGCCCUGCAUAAUUUCACUAAGCAGCAUCAGCAGUUGUGGGACCGUUCCAAAAUAUCUUGCAAAAUUCAGCUCUAAAGCUAUCCAUGGCAUAAGACUUCUGUCACAAUCACACACAGUUGGGAUACAGCUUACGUUUUGACAGUACAUCUAAGUGAAACUAAAUGUUAAUUCUUAUUUCCCAUUCUUAAGACCUGACUGAUUUCACUCCCUCUUGUUACUUGUUACUUCUUCAAAUCUAAACACACACACACACACACACACGUACGUUUCAUUUUGUAGCUUUCUGACGCUUAGAUGGUGUUUUUGAAUUCAAAUGUGCAAAAUACAUAUAUGCAGUUUUAAAAAAUAUGACAUCUUCUGAAUGUGAGACGUAAAAUAAAAUAAAUAUUAUAACUUCACCUUUUCACAUUUUGCCUAGGCACUUGCACUGAACAACAACAAAAUAACCAAGAUCCACCCCAAAGCCUUUCAAUCAACAAAAAAGUUGCGGCGCCUCUACUUGUCCCAUAAUAACUUAACUGAGAUUCCAGCAAAUCUGCCAAAGAGUUUAGCUGAGAUAAGAAUUCAUGAUAAUAAAGUGAAAAAGAUACACAAAGAAGCAUUUAAAGGAAUGAAGGCUUUACAUGUGUUAGGUAAGUGUGUUUUUUAUAAAUCAAGCUGUUGCAUAACACCAGGGGGGAAGCAAACUACAGUACAGUAUUAUUUCAUUCAUCAGCAAUGUGAUAGAAAUCAGGGAUUAAAUGAACCCUAGAUGAAAGGAAGGCUCAGAAACAGAGCUGAGACAGAGCUGUCUGCAUCCAAAUGCAGCCAUGGGGUUUCUGCUGAACAAAUGGUUCCCAAUAGUAGAUUAUUUUUUCUUAGCCCAAGCUUUGUAGGUAGAAUUCAGAUUCCUUUUUGGCUGCCUGUUAUUUUCUACUCUACCCAGCAAAUGCAAACAGAAUGGUUGCUUUAUAGGGCAGAGAAAAAAACAAACCAUCACCUGCACAUGGGAGUGAAUUGUGUGGGAAUGAUUUCUUGUCUGGCUACAGUUCACACAGAAACAAGGCAGGCAGCCCAAGUUACUGCAUGGUUCUCUCAUACAUCCCUACCCCAUCUGAGCAAACUGUGUGCAUUUGUGUGUAUUAGACUUUGUCCCAGCUGGUUGAGUUUUUCCAACUACGCUCUCCUGCUCUGUGUUACAUGCCUAAGUGGUCAAACUCUCAUCUGCACCAGGAUGACAAAUACUGAGAUCAUAUUCCUAAGUGUGGGUGCUCCUAAGUUUCAGAUGACUAGUUUGUUUUUAUUCUUUAAAUAAGAUGUUUUAGAGGGGUGAUUCACUUUGGGCAAGUAAGGUCAAGAAAAGUGUCUUGCCAGGUUACUUAAACAUUUUAGAAAUACAACAAACUGAAUGUAAGGGGAUAAUACAACUGCAUUCCACCCUCACUGUGGAAGAUUCUGCCAUUUCCCAAUAGAACAAACUAAGGAACUGAUAUAUUGCAUUGUUUUCUUGUAAGAAUGUUUGAGGAAAGGUUUGUCAGGUAAAAUAAAAAGUGUGGAUUUCACCCUGGCACCCUAUCUCCUCCAUCCCUUAAAAAAAAAUUAAAUCCAGGAAAGUGCCCUUCCUUAUCACAGUCAUAUGGAGAUAGGUUCUGUUUACUCCAUGAUGGGAGGCACACUGUACAUAAUCAAACAUUAUUUUAUUUAUUACAUUUAUAUACCACUUUUAUCUUCCAAGGAUCUCCACAAGCAUGCGUAAGGGCAAACAACUGGUAUUCAGAUGCAUGCUACUGCCUAAGGGGAUUGCAGCUUAAGGCUACAAAAGCAGACUGAAGGUGCAAAUUUACAUGCCUAUGCAGAAGUUUCAAAGAGUAAGAUAGCAUAUGUCAUGAUCUUGAGGAGAGACAGCAGGGAGUAUAGUAUAAAGGACAUUGACUACUCGAAUUAGGAAGAAAAGUAAACUGAAUCCUGAGAGUGAGGUACAUUUCUAUUGGACACUUUUCUGCCCCAACACUAGGUUGCGUUGCAUAACUCAUCACAAUGAACUUCACCAACAACAGAAUUAGUGAACAGACUUACAUGUCUAUUCCAAGUUCCAAGGAGUAAGAUAGCAUAUAGUCAUCAAGCCUAGCAGCCAAUGACAACCUUACUCUCCUUGAAUUUGGCCAAUCCUUUAAAGCCAUGUAAGUUGGUCGGUAUCACAUCUUGUGGUAAUUAAUUAUUUCCAUCUUUGAUAAAUGUUUGCUUUAUGAAAGGUUGACUGAAGUUUUUGAAAGAAUUGUAUGCAACUAGGAGCAAGUGUUCCCUGACAUUUUAGAAGCUUUGAUGUGCAUUGCUUUGGUUUUUGGUUGUAUUCUCCUUAAAAACAAUGCACGACUUCAAGAAUUCCUGCCAUGUUACACGGCUUAAUUUCUAAGCAAGAAACAUUGGAGCUCAACUUUGUCUGGGAGUCAUGCCUUCACAUGGAAGCCACUACCCAUACCUAUGAGUAUGAAGAGAACAUUUAUAUUUCUGAAUGGAGGAAAUCGUGCUACACAUGUUUAAAGACAUUCUUUCAUUUCUUAAUGCUGUAAAAGCCUCAACCAAGGAAAGGUGUCUUAAAAACUACAGCCUCACAAGCCACAACUGUUAUUCUUUUGGCAGAGAUGAGCGCAAAUCCUAUUGAUAAUGAAGGAAUAGAACCUGGGGCCUUUGAAGGUGUGACAGUCUAUCAUAUAAGAAUUGCAGAAGCUAAAUUAAACUCUGUUCCUAAAGGUAUGAUCUUUUUUAUUAUAUAAAUCAGGUUUUUUAUCUUACAUUUUCUCAUGUACAUUGCUUUCUAAUUUUGAGUUUGGUAUUAUGCUGAUUGAAUUAAAAAUAAUGGUGGUGAUAUACUUUUUAAUUACAAUGCAUAAUAAACAUCAGAAGCCUAUGGACACACCAAGGAUCACCCAUAGAACGGCCAAAAUAUGCAGAUACCUGGGCAGAUAGCAAAAAACUUGGAAGCACAUAUUUAAAGGAUAUACCGUAGAUUCCGGUGUAUAAGGCGACUUUUGAACCCCAGAAAAUCUUCUCCAAAGUCGGGGGUCGUCUUAUACGCCAGGUAUGGGUGGCACGGAGCUGAGCCCGCCCCCCCCCCCCCGCUGCUGUGGCGGUGGCUCCGAAGCAGCAGCAGCGGACGGCAGACUCAGCUCCGUGCCGGGCAGCUUUCUCCCUGAGUGCGCCCCUGUUGCUGCUUCUGAAGCAGCAGCAGCGAGCAGGAGGCUGAGCUCCAUGCCGGGUGGCUUUCUCCUGGCACGGAGCUGAGCCCGCCCCCUGUUGCUGCCCAGUGUAUUGGGCAACUGGGCUUAUAAGACGAACCCUCAAAUUGCAGCUGCCAAUUUGGGAGGUCGCCUAAUACGCCGGAAUCUACGGUACAUUUUUUUCUUAAGUGCCUUAAAAUUCUGAGAAAUCCCAGAAGUAGGUGUUUCCUGAGGGUCACUACUGUAGCUACUCUAAUGACUAUCUACCUAGGAAACCUGAUCAUUUGGAAAUACAGAUGAACUGAUAAUACAUUAUCUCCUUUCAUGACUCAGGUUCAUAGAGGUGUCACUGCACAGUGGCAGAGGGUAAAGCUGUAGAGUAUCCAAGUCCUAGACAGAGGACUUGUCUGUCUUGUUGGACAAGCAACAGCAAAUAGCUGUUAUCUUGGGAUCAAAACCUGGGGCAAUGUAUUAUGGGAACUGGGGGCAAGACUAAGGCAAAACUAAGGCUAACCGGCAGGCAAUCUGAAACAUUGCUCCAGUGCUUGUUUGAAGCCAGCUGACAACUGAAAUACUCUUUUAGAAUGGUACAUGUUGUUGAAGGCCAUCCUGGCAGUCAGUCUUAUUAAAGAGCCAGAAUUCUCCUUUUGAAGUGUACACUGACUCUAGGAUUAGCACAGUGGUGAAGGCAUGAUGCCCAGAGCUGGGCCACCUUCCAGGAAGAAGUAAUCAAUAUUCUCAGGAGAAGUCAAUGAGGAAGUAUGGUCUGUUUAUGUUAUUCUUCCUCUUUAAGCAAGGAAGAAACCUCAGCAACCGCUUCUUGAGAUGGUCUAGGGAGAAAACCUCCCACCUUUCCCAGGGUCCUGAUGUCCCAGGAGUUCUCUUUUGCUGUUGAGAUAUCUAGUAAUGAGCCAGGGAUACAUACUCACUAUGUAGUCACUAAAGAGGCAAACUUCUCUGGCAUUAUUAUGACAACUUGAAGGAAUUCAUAGAACUCUACAGAAAAUAAUUUCCUAAACUAGUUAUAACAACUUAGUGAGGGUAGAGAACUACUAGCUCCUUGUACCAUUUUCGGGAAAUAUUUGCCUUCUAAAUAAAAACUCCUGGGGAAAGCAAGACAUCCUUUCAUGACAUGCCAUGAAACACAGGAAAUCAGCCUGAAUUGAAAUCCUCUUUGCUUCCCAGUUCCUGAAUGAACACAAGUAACCGCACAACUUAUGCAUGUUUACCCCAAAGUAAGUCCCAUUGAGUUUAGCAAUGUUUACUCCCAGUUACUAACUGUAGGCUUGCAGCCUUAGGUGAUCCUAAACCCACCUGACUUUUUGUUGACUAAACUCAGGGUCACAAUGCAAGAAAAUGUUAAUGAGAAAACAUUAAUUCUCCCUUCUGAGUAAAAAUUAACAUUGGCAGGCAAACAAGUGUGAACAAACAUUUUUGUUUAAUUUACCAACAAAUGACCAGAAAAAACAUGAAUACAUACACUAGAAAAAUAUUAGCAUGCUAAAAAAAGUAGGGAAAGAAAACUAUUAGUUGGUAUUUUCAUACUAGUGUUGCCAGAAGUAAUAGCACUGGAGAUUUAAUAUUUUCCUAAGCCACUAUGGAAAUUAGAAGCAUGCUUGAGGUCAUGGUACUGCACAAAAAAUGAUAACUAAAUAUAAUAAACAGAAAGCCCUUGGAAUCUAGAAGUACUAAAUGCCUUCCAUCUCUAAUUUUAAAGCACACCACAGAAACAGCUUUUGGCUAUUCCCUGAAUACAGAGGCCAACAGUUCUGAAGUAUGGGUGGCUGCUUAGAUUUAACUUGGAAAGCUAUUCUGCAGAUCAGCAUGAAAAGAACACAACAAGGAUACUAUUAUGCUUACAAUUUCCAUAGCCUAUGCUAUCAUAAUAUCCUUGACAAAUAUAAAAUUGCAGCUCCUACAUCCUUUGGAAAAAAUCCUACAUGCGGUGAUGAUUAUCACAUAUUUUUAUUAGAAAAAAAAAUGAACUUGCUCAUCAGCUGCUGAGAAAUUGCACACAAUGUCUGUAUCUGGUUUUGUCCAUUUUAGGAAGUACUAGGGCAAACUCAAAAGUCUAGCAAAAGAUACACAGUGAAAUUAUAACAUUUGAAAUAUCACAAAUAUAUGCAGGUCCACUAUAACACUAGAUGUUGUGUCCUUGCCACUUAUGAAUAAAGUGGGUUAUGUGGUUAUAAGGCACCACGGUGCACAAUGCUGUCUGCAGUGUCAUGCCUGUAUGCAUGUAAAGCCACUCAUAGACAUACUUUAUAACCCUAGGACUAAGGAAACCCUAUUCCUGCAUCCCAGAUUCUUCAAAAUAGGAUAUGGUUUGAACAGAUCUCAACAGGCAAGAAUCAACAUAUAGGGAGAUAUAUUUUCCAUUUACCAUGCUGGGUAACCUUAGGCUUGUCACUCUCAUCCUAACGUACCUUCAGAUUGCUGUUGUGAUAAAGUAAGAUAAAUUAGAACUAUGGAUGCAAUAUUACUCAUUUAUUUGUUAAUGUUAAAUCAAAACUAUUUGACAAAAAAUUGUUGCCAAUUAAUUUGGUAGCUAUUUUAAACAAAUCAUGUAUGAUUUUUAACACAUAACCACGAGUGUUUUAGAGGACUCACACAGGACGAAGUGUCUCUUCUAAGAUGCAUGCCCACUGCUACACAUGCAGGAAUCAUCUUUUUCUAAAGGAGUGUUUUUCUUCCAAAACUAUUAUUUUAGUGACUGGAAAUACAGCAAUCCUAACUGGGUGAAGUGAUGGACACUUGCAAAGCCCUGCUGGCUUAUGGUGGUUAGGUCAGGAGGUGAAAGAGUGCCUAUUUUUAUUUUCGUCUCCCAGCAGUUCCAAGACUGCCUCUGACCCUCUGUUUCAGAGUCUACCCCAUCAAAUCUUUCUGCUGAUGUAUAUGUGACCUCCAGAGCAUAUUACACAUACACACAAACACACACACACACACCAGCCAUGUGGAGAAGUAUGAUUGCCCCAUUUUACCCCUUCUAGCCAGCAGAUCUAGGGGUUAGGAUUGCUCUCUAAGUCACUUAUUUUAAUUAAUUGACAGUAUGCAUUUCUACUUAGAAGUAAAUCCCACUGUGUCCAAAACAGUCCAUGGAAAAUGUACACAGGAUUGCUGUUCAACACUACAAGCCUAUAUAUGCCUAUUCAAAAGCAAGUCCCAUGCAGUUCAAUCACGUUUACUCCCGGAUUAUAGUUUUGCAGUCUAAAACUUAAGCAAUAAAUUGAACAAGAUUUUUUUAAAAAACCACCCUAAUAAUAAUUUGCCCUAGGUCUUUUAUCUAAUAGUAGGAAAGGGAAUGACAGCAUAGAAAAAUUCCAGAAACUUAUCGCAGAAAUUUCUGCACAAUAUUAUUUACAAUAGUGAGACUUUUUCUAUCAGUUGCAUUAAAAAUAACAUCUUAAUGCUAAAGGCAGAAGUCCUGCAAAUGAAAUAGAACAAACUAUUUUCCUCAACACAAUUAAUACAUUGCCUCUUGAAACUCUUUGUGUCCAGCUUAAACACUUAAUGUGUGUCUCUCCCUAAUAGGAUUGCCUUCCAGUCUAUUGGAACUUCAUGUAGAUGGCAACAAAAUUUCUGCAAUAGAACUCGAGGAUUUUAUUCGUUAUAAAAACCUUCAAAGGUAACACUUAAUAUGGAAAAUUCUUUCCAAACAUUUGAUAUUAUGUAAGCAUUUUAGGAUUUUCUCAUUUUUAAAACUAUGAGGAAUGGUGCAGUGAUUGAAACAACCAAUAUUUCCUAAAAAAAAAAUAAGGGCACUUCAAGGUGGAACAUUUCUCAAGUGAUUCAGUGUACCUGGCAUCUGAUCAGUUAUGUAGGAACUGGGCCAGUCCUUUUGUUCCUUCAUGUGGCAUUUAACAUAGUCAAAAAGCUGGUGUCAUGGUCCAAGCAACAGGUCACAGCAAGCUGUUAAAUUUCCAUGCAACACUUUAGCCAUUUCAGCUUCUAUAUGGGCAUUGCUUAAGGAAGCGUGGCUGUGUAAUCCAUUUGUUUCACUCAAAUUAAUUUAAACCUUGCUUUUUUUACUUCACUAAGAUGUGGACAGUAUUGUGAUUAUAUUACAGUCUCUGAACUAAAGUGCCUUUAUCUUGUAAGACUCACCACACAUAAAGUCCUUAAGAGCUAUUGCUAAGGGGAAAAAACAGCACUUACCAUGAACUUGUUUUGCUGUUUAAUUUAAUUAAAUUGAAAAAUAAGAAGAGCAAAUGGGAACUUGAGCCAAAGUAUGGUGAGUAAAAGACAGCUUCAGCACAACUGAGAGAAAAAAGUAAGAUUAAAGACCUGGUGAAUAGUAGUUCUCAUUAUUUGUUUCACCAAGUAAUUUCAGAAGACAGUGCCCAGUGCAACUGAUUUUAGGAAGACAGGUUUACCUAUCUUGAGAAAAUAAUAAAAUAACGGGGAGGGUGUGUGAGGAAAACUCAGGACAAUGGCUACAGUUCAGAGGGCUAUACAGUACGUUCACAGAGUACAGAGACUGUUGUUUGAAAGAAAGAAGUCAAGAAACCUGUGUACAUAACCAAGCCUUUCGAUCUCAAACAGAAUUGCCAGUUUAGGUUGCACAUGAGGUCAGCUGGAGAUUUGGAUUACUUCCAGAUGAGCAUUGUUGCAAAAGAGAGAGCAGCUGGCUGAAAAUAAGACAUUGUUUGUUUGUCCAGGGAGCAGCAUAAGGAAGGCAGGGUUGCUAUAGAGAGGGAGGGGAUGGAAGAAGCCUUAGAAAAACCCACUGACCUUUCAAAAAACUGGAUGUCUUGAUUUAUCAGAAUGAUUAAUUAUUAGAACUCCUUCUGUUACAGGCAUCAGAUUAGACAGCCUAUAUAUAAUUCUACCUCUGUAAUUAGCUCUUGCUUCAACUGAAUAUGAGAUUUGAAUCAGAUGCUAAGUAUAGACUCUUAACAGAAUAAAGACUAAUGAUGAAAACUGAGAAUGGUCAGUGUCCACUACAAUGUUCUGAAACAUACUUUUGUAUACUUUCUCAUUGGGUUUCUGUUUGCCGGAGGUAUCAGCAUCAAGGUACCACUUAUUCUUUCUGGAAGACUUGAGUACAAUAGCAAGUGCCCCACUUUUCUCUAAAUUCUCUGUACACUGCACAGGAUCGUGGGAAGGGUAGGUCACUGGCAACCAAAUUAUGGGUUUGGCUAGUAAGCCAAGACUUCUUAACCACUGUUUCUAUAUGUUCAUUUCUCUAUACAGUAUGUUAAAUGGUUUCUUAGUGUUAUCCUCAACCAUAUUGUCUCAGGUACUCUUUUUUAACAUUUAUCUUUAGGUUGGGGCUAGGAAACAACAGAAUCAAAGAUGUGGAAAAUGGCAGUUUUGCUAAUAUGCCAAAUAUACGAGAAAUCCAUCUAGAGAAGAAUAAACUAAAAAAAGUGCCUUCUGGUUUUCCAGAUCUGAAAUAUCUGCAGGUAAUACACAAUGCAGCAGACUUUUAAAAUCUUAUCCUCUUGACAUUUUUGUCCUACUUAUUCAGUGUAUUGUCAAUCUAUACAAUAAACGUUUUUUAAAAAAUGUGUUGGAUUCAGUUUUUAGCCCACAGAUGGGGGCAGGAAAACCUAACUUCCUUGCUACCACCAGUGUUCAGAGUUCUCAGAAAAUACUUCCCAUGUGGCAUGGGACCUUUAGAGGAGUGGACUAGAGUGCAGAACUUUCUGCUCUACACAAAAAAGGAGCCUAUGCCCAAAUUUCACUCUCCCUUCACCCCCCACUUAGCAGGGUCUUCUGACUCUCGGGGGGGAUGCCAUUUUCAGUGGGCUCUAGGGGCUGGCAGAGAGAAGGAUGAGAACUUCACUUUCCACCUAUCCCCAGCUGUGUACAGGUAUCUGGAUCCAGCCAAAUAUAUUUUAUGGUUUUUUAUUUAAAAAACCGGUCAAGACAUGGGUUUAAUGUAAGUAUGCACUCAUGUGCAGCAAUUACCAAAAGCUAAGAGUUAAGUCCCAGCGUAAAUGCAAUACCACCUGACUGCCUGACAUGGAUACAUGAUCAGGAACAGAAGUUUACAAACUCUUCCAUUUUCCCCAUCUCAAACUGGCAUAUCCGCCCCCUUUUAAUUCCAAAACUAUCACCACUGAUACAUCUGGACUUGUGUUUUCAUUAUCAUAGUGACUCUGGCAACCCAAUUUCCCCCAAUUUUUACCUUUAGUCCUCAAAAAGCAUAUCUAAGAAGUAUCAAAAAUUAAACAUUAAAAGUAUAUUGAAUAUUUUUCUAUAAAUCAAUAUAAACCUCACUUUCCCCUUUGAAUUUUAGAUGCAAAUAUCUAAGGCUGCAAUCUAUACACUUUUACCUAGGAUUAGCAUAUAUUUCAAAUCUUCACAUGCAAUUUAAUGUAGUCAUGGGAUAUGUCAAAUAUUUAUUUUUUCUUUCUGUCCUCUUACAGGUUGUCUUUCUUCAUUCUAACAGUAUUUCAAAAGUGGGAGUGAAUGAUUUUUGCCCAACAGGAGGAAGGCUGAAGAAGACGUUAUAUAGUGGCAUAAGUUUAUUCAGCAAUCCUGUUAAAUACUGGGAUAUCCAGCCUGGAACAUUUCGCUGCAUAUUAAAUAGAAACAGUGUGCAGAUUGGAAAUUAUGGAAAAUAAAGGUGUAUAUCCAAAACGUCAUUCAAAUUGCAAUGUUAAAACCAGCAAUAUAAUACUUGAAAUCUGUUGAAGAUGGACAACUUUAUACUGUCCAAUUGCUUUAUAAAAUACUAAUGUAAUAUCCCAUAAAAUUCUAAUCUUAUGUUAAAUUUACAUAUCUUCCAGAAUAAAAGGCCUCCUGAACCCUAAACUGGAAACUUAUCAUUAGGUGUUUCCUAUCAUUGUUGUCUAAGCUAUGUUUAUAAACUAUUUUUUUCUUAGCAGAAAAUAAUGCAAAAUUUUGAAACAUUUUUUUGAUUAACCUAUAUUUUUUUCUGUAUUGCAAACGUAUCCUGUAAAGGUAUUUAUCAGAUUUCAAGGGGGAAUUGUGAACUUAAGUUAACAAAAGUAAACUAAACUGGCUAAGAAGAAAUUUUAAAAGGUACUGUAGUAUUAAUUUGUUGGUAAAAUACAUCAGGUCAGGUUAGAUAAUAUGUAUAUCUUUGUAGUAAGCUGAAAGGCAAGAUUGAUACCAUACACUUACAAGCCUCAAAGCCUUUAGUAUUUAUUCAUGUAGUUUCUCCCGAAAACUAUAUAUUCUGUUGGUAACAAAGGUGUAUGUAUGCUAAAUAUUAACAAUGUAGAAAUCCUAUAACUUUUUUUCUUUUUAAAGGAAUGAUAAAAUUCUCUGCAGGCCAGUACAAAUACACCAUUGUUAUAUACUGUAAAAAUAAUUACUCAAGCUGGCAGUUUGGGACACAGUUAAAAGACCUGCAGUCAUAGGGGCCUAGUACACUGUUGCAAAGGGAUUUUUUUAAAUGAAUGGACAGGAAUUCCAAACAUGUGUAGCAUACCAAACUUAGUUUACAGAGGAAAAAGGAGUAGCCCCUGUGUGCACAGAGCUGUGUGUGUACACCACAGCCACUGGAUCACUGUCAUUGUAUGCUGACCUUGUAUUCCAUAUUACAUCUUGAGUACUGUAACUUUGCUGAAUCCAUAUAAUGCAAAAUGUGUUUGAUCAUGAUUGAAUAACUAAUGAUGGGACUGUAUAAAAGUGGCUAUCUUGACUAUAGAUUUAAUGUGCUGUUCAUAUAAACAGGAAGUUGAGAAUUUAAAAAUUCUAAAUGGUGUCCAUUAAAAUGCUAGAUUGAAACCUUUAAUGUUGUCAUGCUGUUUCCUAUUCAGUUUAAGUAAAAUAGUAAUAUUAAAAAUAUACUACUUAUUGUAAACUUUGCAGCCUGAUUCUUGGCAUGUUUUAUCCAAAAGCCUGACCAAUAGAUUUCAGUACGAGUUAAUUUCUAGUAUGAAUGUCUAAGAUUCCUAUAUUAGAUUUUGAAAUUUUACUGAUUUCUCAUAAUCUUAUUUAUUUACUGUAGACUGUAUCCAACUAAGAAUAAAGCCACUGAAAUCAAUAGCCUUGAU